AUGGCCAUCUGGAACCGUGCCAGCACCUCCUCGUCCGACGAGCCCAAGGUUGCCCGCGAUGCUGAGUUCGGCAAGACCGACUAUGAGGCCAAUGCCUCCUACGAUCCCGCCGAGGGCGAAGUCCACCAGCAGACCGGCGAGAAGCAGAACCUGCACCGUGGCCUGGAGGCUAGGCACAUCACUAUGAUUGCCAUCGGUGGCGCAAUUGGUACGGGCUUGAUCAUCGGCACUGGCAAGGCCCUGGCCCAAUCCGGACCUGCUUCCAUCCUGAUCUCGUACUCUUUCGUUGGCCUUCUCGUGUUUGCCGUCAUGGCUGGUCUCGGUGAAAUGGCUGCAUGGCUCCCGCUCGGAUCUGGCUUCUCUGGCUAUGCCAACCGCUUUGUCGACCCCGCCCUUGGUUUUGCCCUUGGUUACACCUACUGGUUCAAGUACAUCAUUGUCACCCCUAACCAGCUCACGGCCGCUGCGCUGGUCAUCCAGUAUUGGGUAUCGCCCGAGAAGAUAAACCCUGGUGUAUUCAUCACUGUCUUCUUCGUCGCCAUCGUAUGCAUCAACUACUUUGGCGUCAAGUUCUUCGGUGAAUUCGAGUUCUGGCUCAGCAGCUUGAAGGUCGUCAUUAUCAUCGCUUUGAUCAUCCUCUCGCUUAUCCUAGCACUCGGCGGCGGCCCUACCCAUGACAGAACUGGCUUCAGGUACUGGAAGAAUCCCGGCGCGUUCAAGCCGUACAUUGACGAGGGCUCCGCCGGCAAGUUCCUCGGUUUCUGGAGCUCCAUGAUUAACGCCGUUUUUGCCUAUCUUGGCACCGAGCUCGUCGGUGUCACUGUUGGCGAAGCCCAGAAUCCCAGGCGCACCAUUCCCAAGGCCAUCAAGUUGACCUUCUUCCGUAUUCUCUUCUUCUACUGCUUGUCGGUCCUGCUCUUGGGAAUGAUCGUCCCGUCCGAUUCGGAUGAUCUUGCUUUCGCCAACAAGAAGUCCAACAGCGCUGCUGCUUCUCCCUUCGUCGUUGCCAUCAAGAUUGCGCAGAUCGAUGCUCUCCCGGGUAUCCUCAACGGUUGUAUCCUGCUCUUCGUCUUCUCGGCAUCCAACUCGGAUCUGUACAUUGCUUCGCGUACCAUCUACGGUCUCGCCAGCACCGGCAAGGCCCCGAAGUUCCUGGCCCGCACCGACAAGCGCGGCGUUCCGGUUUACGCCCUUGGCGUCUCCUCGUGCUUCUGCCUGCUGGCGUACAUGAACGUCUCGGACGACUCGAAGAAGGUGUUCGGCUACUUUGUCAACCUGGUGACCAUCUUCGGGCUGCUGACGUGGAUAUCAAUCCUGGUGACGCACAUCUACUUCGUCAAGGCGCGCGAGGCGCAGAACGUGCCCAAGGAGUCGCUUGCGUACGUGUCGCCGUUCGGCAUCUGGGGCAGCUACAUUUCGCUCGGCUUCUGCAUCCUGAUCGCCCUCACCAAGAACUUCAGCGUCUUUACUCACAGCGAGGAGUAUGGCGACUUCGACUACAAGAACUUCAUCACCGGGUACCUUGGCAUCCCUCUCUAUCUCAUCAUGAUUGUCGGCUGGAAGUGGUGGCACAAGACGGAGGGCAUCAAGGCUACGGAGGCCGACCUCUGGACUGGAAAGGACAUCAUUGAUCGCGAGGAGCAGGAAUUCCUGGCCCAGCAGGCGGCGAACAAUAAGGGAGAGAAGACAUUCUACUCGAGAUUCGUCUCUUGGUUGUUCUAA